AAUAUCUGGUGAUUGUUGAAGUUUGGGAUUGCCUGACUAAUGAAUGCCAUUUCAGCCAGGCACGAAGGGCGCUGAUUGGGGGACACCUAAGCCUUGUGCCUAGAGCCAAUUAAGGCUUGUUGUGACGCCGAUCAUAUUGCCCACACCAGAGCCUCAUUCACUGCUAAUCUACGUAUCUCGUCCUCUCUAUCACCCAUCGGCGCGUUUCUUUUCUGCGCACCAAACCUCCCAAUUUUCCUCUCAAGUCCGUCGUUUGUUUCACUUUGGCAACCCGAAAAAAAAAAAAAAAAGAAACAGGAAAAAGGAAAUAUCACAGCACUGAUGAUGUCGCGGCCAUGAGUAAGGCUAUUUAUGACAUCGACCAAGCCGGCAACGUGCAAUGCACGUAUGCCGACUCGGAUAAAGAGAAGCUGAAGAUAGAGAAAACCAAGGUGCCACUGGCAAAGGCCAUCUUCUACGCAUUCCUCCCAGCUGGAUUCCCCCACAGCGUCACGGACGACUACCUCGCCUACCAGACAUAUGACUCACUCCAGGCCUUCUCGUCGUCUAUCGCCUCGCUCCUGGCCAACCGGGCGGUCCUCGAGGGCCUCGGGGUCGGGAGCGACAGCGCGUCCCCGACUGGAGCCAUGAUCCUCAAGAUCAUCCAGGACACCUUCUCGCGGAUGGCGACGAUCCUCUUCGCCCACCGCAUGGGCCAGGCGAUCGAGCCCGAGUGCAAAUUCUACCGCUUCCUGGCCGACAUCUUCAACGACUGCGCCCAGUUCCUGGACCUCCUCACGCCGGCGCUCCCUUACUUCCCCAAGCUCGGCGUCAUGGUCUCGGCCAGCAUUCUGCGCUCGCUCUGCGGCGUGGCCGCCAACGCCAGCAAGGCCAGCCUGUCUGUGCACUUCGCCACCAACAGCAACCUCGCCGAACUCAACGCCAAGGAGGCCUCGCAGGAGACGGUCGUCAGCCUGCUGGGCAUGCUGACGGGCACCCUGAUCGUCAAGAUGGUCGACGACAGGCACACGGUCUGGAUGUUGAUGAUGUUCCUUGUCGCCGUCCACCUGACGAUGAACUACCGCGCGGUUCGUAGUGUGAAGAUGCGCACCCUCAACCGCCAGCGCGCCACUAUCGUCUUCCGCGAGUGGCUCGAGCACGGCACCAUACUGACCCCGCACGAGGUCUGCCGCCGCGAGAGCAUCAUGCUGCACGGCCGCGGCCGCCUGUCCAGCAAGACGGGCGACUUCACGGGCGUGUGCUCCUUCGCCAGCUACGGCGACGUCCGGGGCUGGUCGCCGCGGGGUUACCACCGCUACCUGUUCGAGACGCCGGGCUACUUCCUCGGCGUCUGGCACCGCGGGGGCGACUUCUGCAUGCGCAUCGCCCUCAAGGAGGGGCCCGCCAACCCGCUCGCCGCCUGGUUCGACGCCGUCAACCACGCCUACCACUUCGAGUCGGCCCUCAAGGACGGCCUCGAGAGCCACUACGAGAGCGAGAUGCCGCGCGGCUACGUGUCCGCCGACCAGAAGGACACCAUCUUCGCCGCCCUGACCGCCGCCGGUUGGGACCUCGAGACCAACGCCCUCGAGACGCGGAGCCCGGUCCGCGUCCGCGUGGGCGAGGGCAAGAAGGUCCCCGCGGUGUCGGAGAAGGACCCCGCACAUUUCCCAUCGCUCCAGGGAGUUCAGGAGGUCAAGCACGACUGAGGUGCUUGUUUUGGCCCGGCGUUAGAUCUGGGGAGGGGAAACUACAGGGCAGGGGUUACGGAACAUUUUGCCCGGCUGGCUGGCUGGCUUUUACGGGGGUGUUUUGAUGACCUUCCAUUGCUUGUUUGUACACUAGAGGCGAGAUACCACAAAUAUAGAAGAUAGGAGAUGCCGCGCGCUAUGCGGUAUUCUGCCCUUCUCCCAGCCCCUUG